AUGUCGACCCCUCAAGAAUGCACCCUCAAGGGCGCGUCUACCUGGCGCGACACGCUCGCGUCGUUCCCGCCGCUCAAAAAUGAUUUGUUGUUGCGCGCUGCGGCGGGGGAGGAGACGGAACGUGCGCCGGUUUGGGUGAUGAGGCAGGCGGGGAGGUAUCUGCCUGAAUUCCUCGCCAUCCGCAAAGACCACUCCUUUUUUGAAUGCUGCCAGACCCCCGCGCUCGCCUCCGCCCUCACUCUCCAGCCAAUCGACCGAUACCCGCGCCUCGACGCCUCCAUCAUCUUCUGCGACAUCCUCGUCGUCCCCCAAGCGAUGGGCAUGACGGUGCUCAUGCAGCCCGAGAAAGGACCUGUCUUCCCGGAACCCUUGGUCACGCCGGACGACAUCUCGAAACUCCGGGAACACGUCGAUGUGGACAAGGAGCUCGGGUACCUCUUUGAGGCGAUCACGCUUACGCGGAAGGGGCUGGACGGGCGGGUGCCGCUGAUCGGUUUCUGCGGGGCGCCAUGGACGCUCAUGGCGUAUAUGGUGGAAGGAGGCGGGAGCAAGACGUUCGAGAAAAGUAAAGGGUGGCUGUAUCGGUAUCCGGAGGAGAGUAAGAGGUUGUUGGAGAGGGUCGCGAGGGUGUGUGGGGAGUUGUUGGUCGGGCAGGUAUUGGCGGGUGCACAGCUCCUCCAAGUCUUCGACUCUUGGGCCGGCGAACUCACGCCACACCAAUUCCAAACCUUCGCCCUCCCCCCUCUCCUCUCUAUCGCCUCCUACGUCCACUCCACCCUCUCCGCCCUCGGCCACCCCGGAGUCCCCAUCACUCUCUUCCCCAAGGGGGUCCACUCCCCCUCGUCUCUUUCCCUCCUCUCUGAUCCCUCCGCUACCGGAUACGCCACCCUCGGACUGGACUGGCAAGUCGACCCCCAAGAGAUCCGGCAGAUUGUAGGCAAGACGGUCAACCUGCAGGGAAACUUUGAUCCGGUGGUUCUGUAUGGUGGCAAAGAGGGGAUUGAGAAGGAGGUCGAGCGGGUGUGUGAGCGGUGGAAGGGUGCGGGAGGCGGGUGGAUUGCGAAUUUGGGGCAUGGGAUUACGCCGAAUGUCAAGCCGGAGAUGAUGGGGUGGUUCUUGGAGUGCGUUCACAAGUACUCGAAGCGGUAG